AUGUCUACACGCCGCUAUAGAUCGGCCGCUGCUUGUCAGAAUUGCCGUCAGCGCAAAGUCCGCUGUAGCGUGACAGUUACCGGUAUUCCGUGUAUAGGUUGUACGCAAGAUGGCAGAGAAUGUAGUGUUCCGCCGACGAAGACCCAAACCAUACGCGAAAGGCACACGCGUCGAACCGCGUCUGUCAUUAACAGUCCACCUAGCGCAGGUUCUAAUGGAUUGAUAUCACAGUCUGCACUCCCACUUGAUGCAUUCCCAACUGCACCGCCUGCGCAUAAAGACCGCCCUGAGCUGGUUGGGAUAAGGAGUGUCUCUAAUCCCCCGGAUUAUUCUCGGAGUCAUGAUGAAGAACAGACUGGCGUUGAAAUUGCAACCAAAGUCCUCCGGAAAAACAACUACAAACCUGGCCAAGCGCCAUUCUACACAGGUGAUGUGCCUGGGUUUGGCGCUAUCUUCGAUGCAUGCUCACCUUCACAGCAACCUGCACCAAGGCAUAUCCUGCUCACUUCCAAAACAUCCGUUUCGCUAUCUUCCGAGGAUAAAGCAUACCUGCAGUACAAAGGAUGCUUCAAUAUGCCCCGAAAAGAGAUCUGCGAUCAACUUCUCCGGGCAUACUUUCAUCAUGUGCAUCCCAUUAUGCCGGUGAUCGACGCUACGACACUUCCACACCUUUAUCCCAGUGGAGAUGGUCAACCAUACAAUCUGAUAUUACUAUGGAGCAUUUUCUAUGCUGCAGCGAAUCAUCUUCCGGCCGAUACUUGGAAAUCAGAGGGCUUUUCGUCUAGGAAAGAGAUGAAGGAAUCUAUGUACGCUCGUGCAAAGUGCCUGCAUCAUAAUGGGGGUGAAACAGACAACACAGUUCUCCUUCAAUCAGCACUUCUCAUGGGAUUUUACCACUCCGAGGCUGAUACCUACACCCAACCGUGGUUUUGGCUUGGUAUUGCCAUCAGCCUUUGCCAAACAAUGGGUCUGCAUCGUUUCUCUGCCUCGGUCUGCGCCAAUUCCCCUAUCACUGGGCAACAACAGCGUCUUUGGCGCCGUCUUUGGUGGAUCUGCUUCUUUCGAGACCGUUGGCUAAGUCUCACAAUGGGUCGUCCAUUGAGGAUCAACAUGAAUGACUGUAACACUGUACCGCCAUCUGCGGAUGAUAUGUUGGGUGAUCUUGUCGGCUUACCCGAAUCCAUAUCAGCAAUAUAUAUCCCGAAGGACCUACCGCAGCUAGCAGACUAUUGGGUGACAAUGAUUCAACUCACUCAGCUUCUAGGGGAGACUCUCACCUUAUGCUACCAACCCUUUGGGGCCAGUUCGUCUUUCCAACAGGUUGAAGCCCUUGAGCAAAAGAUUUUGCGCUUUCGAAUUCCCGAAGAUCAGGAGACAAGACAAAGUCCACUUGCAACCUUUUCCUUGUAUCACUUGCAGCUCCAUUACCAAGCAUUCAUAAUCACCUUUUACCGUCCUUUCAUAACAAAAGACCCAGAAGGGUUGCCCGUAUCUCGCCAAGACACAUGGCAAACCCACGUCCGCAAUCAGAUCAACAUGGCUGCGCUACAGACCAAUGCCAUCCUUGAUAGUCUGGCACAGGAGAAGCUGUUGGGAUUCUCAGGCUCUAUGACGGCACCGCUGUUGGUCCCAGCAAUGCACGUCCACCUCCUCAACUGCAAAUCUCCGGAUCCCGUUUCCCGACGUCUGGGUCUCAACAAAAUUGAGGUCUGCAUGAUAGUCUUGGAACAGAUGCAACACACUCACCCCUGCUCUUCGGUCUUCCGAGGUAUUUUUCUCGAAGCCAUCCGUUACAUUUUCCCCAACUAUACUCCUCAAACAGCGCUCCCUCAGUUGGCAUCCGAAUCUUCUCCACCGCAAGAAGUACCGACCGAGGAUCCUAUAGCAGGAAUAACAAUCGGCGAAGAUGCCAUUGAUGCGUUGAUGGAUGAGGUGUCGAUUUUCAAUUUCUGGGAAUCCCUCAACAAUAUGCAAACCUAG